CAUAGAUUGUGAGACCAGAGGUUGAGUGGGAAGUAUGAACAAGGCAUUGCUCAGCCUUUUGGGCCGGUUUAAAGACUUUAUCCUCUGGACAGUGGAGAACCAUUGAAGGAAUUUAAAAGGAGUAAUGGCUGGUGUGAGUGGCAGGAACCAUCUGUGGUCACCAUGGCAAAGAGGGAGGACAGUCCUGGCCCGGAGGUGCAGCCAAUGGACAAGCAGUUUCUGGUAUGCAGUAUCUGCCUGGAUCGGUACCGGUGCCCCAAAGUUCUGCCUUGUCUACAUACCUUCUGUGAAAGAUGCCUCCAGAACUACAUCCCUGCUCAGAGCCUGACACUGUCCUGUCCAGUGUGCCGGCAGACAUCCAUCCUCCCAGAACAGGGUGUCUCAGCCCUACAAAACAACUUCUUCAUCAGCAGCCUCAUGGAGGCCAUGCAGCAGGCACCUGAUGGGGCCCACGACCCCGAAGACCCCCACCCCCUCAGUGCGGUGGCUGGCCGCCCUCUCUCCUGCCCCAACCAUGAAGGCAAGGAGCCCUUGUACCGCCAGACGAUGGAGUUUUACUGUGAGGCCUGUGAAACUGCCAUGUGUGGUGAGUGUCGCGCAGGGGAGCACCGGGAACAUGGCACAGUGCUGCUGCGGGACGUGGUGGAGCAGCACAAGGCAGCCCUGCAGCGCCAGCUUGAGGCUGUGCGAGGCCGAUUGCCACAGCUCUCCGCCGCUAUCGCCUUAGUUGGGGGCAUCAGCCAGCAGCUGCAAGAGCGCAAGGCAGAGGCCCUGGCCCAGAUAAGUGCAGCCUUUGAGGACCUGGAGCAAGCCCUGCAGCAGCGCAAGCAGGCUCUGGUCAGCGAUUUGGAGAACAUUUGUGGGGCCAAGCAGAAGGUGUUGCAGACACAGUUAGACACUCUGCGCCAGGGUCAGGAACACAUUGGCAGUAGCUGCAGCUUCGCGGAGCAGGCAUUGAGACUGGGCUCUGCCCCUGAGGUAUUGCUAGUGAGAAAGCACAUGCGAGAGAGGCUGGCCGCACUGGCGGCUCAGGCCUUCCCGGAAAGGCCACAUGAGAAUGCACAGCUGGAACUGGUCCUUGAAGUAGAUGGAUUGCGGAGAUCGGUGCUCAAUCUGGGUGCACUGCUCACCACCAGUGCCACCGCACAUGAGACGGUGGCCACUGGCGAGGGCCUGCGUCAGGCGCUAGUCGGCCAGCCUGCUUCACUCACUGUCACCACCAAAGACAAAGAUGGGCGGCUGGUGCGCACAGGCAGCGCGGAGCUGUGUGCAGAGAUCACCGGCCCUGAUGGCACACGCCUUGCAGUGCCGGUGGUGGACCACAAGAAUGGCACAUAUGAGCUGGUGUAUACUGCACGCACAGAAGGCGACCUGCUCCUCUCGGUGCUGCUCUAUGGACAGCCGGUUCGUGGCAGCCCCUUCCGUGUGCGUGCCCUGCGACCCGGGGACCUUCCACCGUCCCCAGAUGAUGUGAAGCGCCGGGUCAAGUCUCCUGGUGGUCCUGGCAGCCAUGUGCGCCAGAAGGCAGUGCGUAGACCCAGUUCCAUGUACAGCACUGGUGGCAAACGGAAGGACAACCCGAUUGAGGAUGAACUCGUCUUUCGUGUUGGCAGCCGUGGAAGGGAGAAAGGUGAAUUCACCAAUUUACAAGGUGUGUCUGCCGCGAGCAGUGGCCGCAUAGUGGUAGCAGACAGCAACAACCAAUGUAUUCAGGUUUUCUCCAAUGAGGGCCAGUUCAAGUUCCGAUUUGGGGUCCGUGGGCGCUCACCUGGGCAACUACAGCGUCCCACAGGUGUGGCAGUGGACACCAAUGGAGACAUUAUUGUGGCAGACUAUGACAACCGUUGGGUCAGCAUCUUCUCCCCCGAGGGCAAGUUCAAGACCAAGAUUGGAGCUGGCCGCCUCAUGGGACCCAAAGGAGUGGCUGUGGACCGGAAUGGACAUAUCAUUGUGGUGGACAACAAAUCUUGCUGUGUCUUCACCUUCCAGCCCAAUGGCAAGCUGGUUGGGCGUUUUGGAGGCCGUGGGGCCACUGACCGCCACUUUGCAGGGCCCCACUUUGUGGCUGUGAACAACAAGAAUGAGAUUGUAGUAACAGAUUUCCAUAACCACUCAGUGAAGGUGUACAGUGCCGAUGGAGAGUUCCUCUUCAAAUUUGGCUCACAUGGCGAGGGCAAUGGACAGUUCAAUGCCCCCACGGGAGUAGCUGUGGAUUCCAAUGGGAACAUCAUCGUGGCCGACUGGGGCAAUAGCCGAAUCCAGGUAUUCGACAGCUCUGGCUCCUUCCUGUCCUAUAUCAACACAUCUGCAGAGCCACUAUAUGGCCCACAGGGCUUGGCAUUGACCUCGGAUGGCCACGUGGUAGUGGCUGAUGCUGGCAACCACUGCUUUAAGGCCUAUCGCUACCUCCAGUAGCUACACAAGGGCCCUGCUUGGCUCAUGGAGGGACGGACAUAGGGGUGAUUGGACAAGAGGGUCUGGCUAAGAGGUGGGCCAGACCCGGCAGCACUGAAUGUGGGCUGUGGGCGUGGGUGUGCCCAGUGCCCUUCCCUUCCUCCCCAACCCCACGGUUGCACUUUAUUUAUUCGGUUCUUGCUUUGGUGACUGGGUGGGCCUGGACUGGUCCAAAGGAUGUGUGCAGAGCUUCACCCUACCCCCUUUAACACACCCCCCACCUUACACCCUCAGUCUGCUCUCUGCCCCCCAGCCUGGGGCCAGAACAGCCUCUUACUUCAGAACAGAAGUCCCUCUGGUUGUCUCCCUACCACCCCAUACACACUGACAGAGACAGCAAUACCCCACCCCAUAUUAAAUAAAUGUGUUCGCCAAGG